CUUAUUCUAUUAUAUCUCCGGGGCGUUUAUCCAGCGUUAAAUAUCGAACGCGUUCUAAAGGAAGUAUUUAGCGAAGAAACAAGCAUUUUAGAAAUAUCCCACGCGUUAGCUUAUAGAAUUAAGAUAGGCCUGCCUAUAAUCACGUUCUAUAGAACUUUACUAUAUAUCUUUAUAAACUAUAUUAGUGCUAGCACCUGUGCUAAAGAUUAUAGUAAGUCUAAUAAUAAAACGGAAUUUUAG